AUGUCAACUUUGUUACUUAAGAAUCGUGACAUUUUGUUGCAAUUGCUCCAAAUGGUCUUGUUCCUUGUGGCUGAGACGUUACGACUGCUGGAUCUGUACAAGGCGUUGCGUGAUGAUCCACGUAAUGUAACAAAUAACGGUAUUUUAUUAAAACAACACGCACGUGAGGAGUUAACAAAUGCAUUAAAUGAGAGCUUCCCCCGAGAACAGCCAUGGACUGAAGGUCAAGUGGCUGUCAAGUUUAAGAAUCUUCGUAGUGAGUAUGUUGAGCUCAAGUGGCUUAGCAGUCAACCGGGAUUUCAAGAAGACGGUGUGGGGUUGAGUGAUGAUUGGUGGAGAGAUAUAAAGAGACGUCGACACAAGGCUCAUGCCUUUAAAGGAAAAUUGCCAUGGGUUUUUGAAGACAAGAUGAAAGCUAUUGUGACUGGUUAUCAAUCGAAACGUGAGCAGCAAAUGGAUGAAGAAGAGACAAAUGAAGACAAUGAAGAGCAAGUAAAGGAGCUUUAUGAGGACGAUCAAGAGACAGAACAAGUAACACAGCAGAUGGAUGAAGUGGAGACAGCAGAUUCUCUCAGAUUUCACCACAAACGGAAGCAUGACGAUGAUGCGAAUCGAUCCAGAGUCUUUACACGAAGCGGUGGUGACUGUGAUUGGUCAUUGGCCAGGUCCGUGGAGCAGAGCUCGGUGGCUGCUGCUGGUAUGGCACGAGGCUUCCAGGACCUCACUGCCAUGUUCCAGGAAGAAGCAGCUCGGUGUCGAGUGUUGGAGCAACAGGUGACGACGGAUGACAGCGAGACUCAUUCAUUAGCUGAUCAGCGUCGUGUGCUGCUGGCCAUCGCCAACUCACUCGAGCAUAGCACGCGGGCCACGGCCGAUGUGGCGAAAGGUUAUUGCGAGUUGGUGAGUGCUUUUGUGCGAGAGACGGCAGACACGGAGCGGCAGCAGCGACAGCGAGAGUCUGAGCUCUAG